AUGUCAUUGAAUACGCAUUCGUCUUCCAAAACAUAUCGUCCACCAACACCUCUUCGAACAGUUAAUCGUUUAUCCAUGGAGAAUCGUACUAACUGUCGAACUUCUGCAUCGUCGAAAACUAUGAUUGCUGGUAACCAGGAUCGUUUAAAUGUUUUAAUUGAAAGUGUUAAGAAUUCAAAAAAUUCAUCCGUUCAACUUCUACUUCAGUUAUACAAUCGUAAACGUUCGUUAAUGGAAUUAGCACGUCGAAAUGAGCCGAAAAAUCAAUUGUAUCAUUGUGUACAAAUGGAAUUAUUUCAAGAACAAAUAUUCGAUAGUCUAUCAAAAAUUGUUUCCGAUAUGACAUUAGAAAAACAUCAAUCCAAGUUACCAACGUCACAAUGUUUCAAUAUUGAAAAUCUUGUUAUUGCUCAAAAAUUAUCUCCAAUUCGUCCACAGACUGCCAAAGUCAUUUUGUUGAGAAAAAAUUUGUAA